AUGCGCUGGUUCUCGACCCUUUUGACCGCGGCGCUGUCGCUGUCUGCGACGGCAGCGGCGGCCAAGAAGGACGUAUUCGCCGAGUAUAACGCCAAGCAACACUCCUCGGUGCCCGUCAAGAUCACGGACUCGUCGUACAAGAAGCUCACGGCAGCGCCUCGCGACUACGCUGCCGCAAUCCUCCUCACGGCCCUCGACCCCCGCUUCGCCUGCCAGCUCUGCCACGACUUCCAGCCGGAGUGGGACAUUCUAUCGUCCAGCUGGGUCAAGGGUGACAAGAAGGCCGAGUCGCGCACCGUCUUUGGCACCCUCGACUUCACCGACGGACGUGAGACCUUUAUGUCGCUCGGCCUCCAAACCGCUCCCGUCCUCCUCCUCUUCCAGCCCACGACUGGCCCCCACGCCGUUGCAUCCGCCGAACCCCUUAGAUAUGAUUUCGCUAGUGGCAAUCAGAAGGCAGAGGCCGUCCACGCCUGGAUCGCACGACAGCUCGAGGGCAGGCCUCACCCACCCAUCAGGCGCCCUGUCAACUACGUCAAGAUCAUUGUUACCAUUGUGUCUGCACUGGGCGUUGUUGGCGCCAUCGCAAAGAUCGGCCCGUAUCUGCUGCCCAUAGCACAGAACCGCAACCUCUGGGCCACCAUCAGCCUCCUCGCCAUCCUGCUCUUCACCAGUGGUCACAUGUUCAACCAGAUCCGCAAGGUCCCAUACGUCGCCGGCAACGGUAAGGGUGGCGUCUCGUACUUUGCUGGCGGCUUCCAGAGCCAGUACGGCCUCGAGACCCAGAUCAUUGCCUUCCUGUUCAACGCUUCAGACGGCCUCAUGUCGUUCGCCACCAUCUACUUGGCCGUCAGAGCCCCCCGCCUCAAGGACCGCAAGCUCCAGCAACUCAUGAUCAUUGGCUGGGGCGUGCUACUUUUCUGCGUCUACAGCUUUUUGCUGUCCAUCUUCCGGAUGAAGAACGGCGGCUAUCCAUUCAGGCUCCCCCCCUUCUUCUAGGACGAGAAGUAUAGAGGCCCUGUACAGCUCUUUGACUGAGCCGCGAAACUCAUGAGACUGCGGCCACACCAUAGUGGCCUGAAGAGCAGACUACUACUGCUGCUUUAUGACUAGGCGUCAGCAUGAACGCUAUGCGAUUCCAGUAUUUGCAGGCAUACGUAACACCUCCACGGCCUGGCAAGGAAAGAGAAAAGUACCUUUAGAACAGAGCAGGAACGCCUGCUCCCUUGGUUCUUAUACAGUUCUAUGCAGAUGGCUGCAUACAUUCUUAGCAACUGGCAGUACGUGUAUGUUCGAUUGAAGAAUAAACACAAGUUGGCAAGAGUACCAAGGACAUGUUGUGUUUAAAACAGAAAUCAAGCGAAUAUUUGCUCUGCA